CUGGAUUUCAGUUUUGCUUGCCAGUGUUGCCACUUUGUCAGGUAUCACAUUCAGUUAUUUCUACCUUAUUUUUGGUAGCGGUGAGGGGGACAUUCCUCCAGUUUACUGCUCACAGGGUGGUGGAAACAUGGCACCUUAUGAACCCUAUCAUCCUCAGAAUCCUCCUCAGAGGCAUAACCGUGGAUUUGGGAUGCCAAGGGGAUCUGCCCGAUUUAUAAACAGGCACAACAUGGUUGGCCCUCAGAUAGCUUUCUACCCCAGUCCAGGAAAGAGAUGCUAUCAGAGCUAUGACAAUUUCUCCUUCAGGUCCUGCUCGUACAGCCGUAGCCACCGUCAGAUGCAGUGUGUCAAUAAGGAAUGUCAGUAUGGGUUUGUACCAGGGAAUGGCGAGGAGCCUCAGGGGCCAGAAGAAAGGAUAAUUUUCUAUGAAAUUGAAGGAGAGGAUGCUGCUGCUUUUCCUACUUUACCAGUGGAGAAUGCCGUGAGGCCCAAGCGUGCCACUGUUGCAUCAGUGCAGACAUCUCAAGAAGCAGAUAGAAGCGAUACAAAAGUCUUGCGGUAUUAUUUUAAUCUGGGAUUGCAAUAUUAUCAUCAGAGCUAUUGGCCUUCCAUGGUGUAUGUACAGCCAGUGCUGCCACCAUCGCCUGUGGAAGUUUAUCCAGCCUAUCCUGAUCCAGCUCCUGUCCUAGACCAGUCGGUACCUCAGGUCUACACUGAUGCUGGGCGAACUGACGUCCACCAGGUUCCCUUGGUGGAAGCCCCUGCCAACGGUAACUUUCAAAAUGCAGAGCCUCCACCGGUGUCCUACGGGCCAGUAUAUUACCCAGUCAUGUCGGACCCCUUCAGCCAGCAACCUCUUCCUGGGUUUGAUUCUUUAGUACCUGCCUAUCGCUAUGUUAGUACCUGGCAUCCUGUAAAUCCACCCUAUGGAAAUUCUCCUCAAAUUGCGAAUGCUGUAAGUUCUGGACCAGUGCACCAAGUCAGCUAUAUUGCCUCACCUAACCCUCAUGACGUGCCUCAAGGAAUGUAAACCUGGGAGCUGUAAGGUCACUUCUUUCCCUUGGUUUCUCUUGUUUCUUGUUUGUCAACUCUACGUAAAUACUGUUUCGUAAAUGUUAUCGUGUCUUAGUGGGCUGUGUCAGUUGAUUAAACUGCAUUCAAAUUUCACUUUUCUCUUCGCAUUUAUGCUUGUGAUAGUUGACUUGACAAGGUGUUUUAGUCAAUUACACAGAAAGCAUAGGGAGAGUAUAUUCAAACUAUAGUGGAGGGAACACAAAGCUUGAAUUUGACUACAUAAAGUAUGUCUAAAACCAUACUAUCAUCAGAGGAAGUAUGCAUAAUCUAAUUCUGAGGGGUUGCACUGCAACACUCAGACACCUGCUUCUUGUUUAAGUAAUGAAAUAGGCUUCCAUUAGAAUUACAGAUAAAAAUUGGGCAUAGGGUUAUUAGAGGAUGAAAAUGGUUAAAAUAGGUUGGCUUUCUCAGAUUUCGCAAAACAAAACUUUACCAUUAGUGAUCACUACUAAUAGCUGUUUUUUGUCUAACUUCAUUCUGCACAGGCUUCAUUACUCUUCAAAGUGUAAGAAUGCUGUUUUCAUCUGUUGUAUAUUGCUGUACGUUUGUAAGAUUUGUUUUGUGAAAGCUGUUGCACAAAUGGUGGUAGUCUUGGUGUUUAAUUUGCACUGACAGUACAAAAUAAAGCAUUGAACACAGGAAAA